GGCGGCGGGGGCCGGCGGGGGGCGGCGAUGGCGGAGGCGCGGGAGCGGGCGCUGGAGGAGGCGGUGGGCCGCUGGGUCGUCCUCUUCUACGCCCACCGGGCCGUCCAGGCCUACCGCGCCGGCCGCAGCCAGGACUUCCGGCAGCUGCGCGACAUCCUCAACGCUGUGCUUGUGCGGCCCUUGGCUCUGGAACAAGGCAUUCAUCUUCAGCUACGAAUUGUCCAGCUUCUGUCCCGACUUGAAGAGAACUGGACUACUGAUUCAGGGGCGGAGGAGAUGCCUUUUGAAAGCGCACUUCUUUUCCUGGAGACCAUGAAACGUGAACGCCAGCUGGAUGCAAAAGUCAUAGAGAACCUCAGAAGAAAAAUAAAGGAAGCUGCUGUUAUUGCCUGUGUUAAGAACCAAGAAUUUGAAAAAGCCAACAGACUUCUGAAGACACAUCUGUCGAAGGACCCAAGCAUCCAGAAGACAAGAUGGGCUUUGCAGAGCAUCGUCCGAGAGAAGAACUUCUCUCAUCCGACAGUCUGGAACUUCUCCUUCAAGGCCUUCCAGCAAGAAGUUCUCCUCUGUUUGGAAGACUGCCUGGAUGGCUCUGAGCCCUUCCUCCUCGAUAUGGCAAGAAAGAAGCUGACUGAUACGGAGGCCCCAGGGCUCAGUCCUUUGGGGGCGGCCAGCGAGGAGACGGUGGCUUCAGAGGACCCGGAGGAAGUGGCUGGGUCAGCAGAAACAAAGAAGGACCAAUCCACAAGAAGAUCCAGUGAGGGUUUGACCAAGCCCACAAAGGAGGGUGAGGCUACAGGUGUGGAGGAAAGAAGGCCAGAGGCUGCGGUGGUGGCCAGUGACGGGGACAUGAGACUGCUGCCCCCUGUGGAAGAGGAGAGAGCAGUCAGUGAGCGAGCGGAGCCCCCCAGAGCUGCCAGCAGGGAGGAGCCUCCCCCUGCCCUGGGGACCCCCGAGACUGCGGGCAGGUGCUCCCCCAAGAGGCCAGCCUUCCACAGUCUGUCAGCUCUGAGAGAAGCAUUCAAGGCCCUGCAUGACUCUACAGAUGCUGAUGCGGCCUUUUCUAAGCUGGAUGAGACGGACUGGGCUUGGCCCAAGCAGACUCCGGUGCCCCACCGAGCAAAGCGCCAGAGGGAGGAAGAGGAGGCGGCGGCAGCAGCUCCUGGCACUUCUCCCUCAUUCCAGAAGACUCGCUGUUUGGUGACCAUCAGCCGGCUGGUCCAGGGGUGUGACGCAGCGUGCGCCUGUGACUCGUGCGCCAGUCCAGAAGUGUCAGCGGAGCCUCCGGGGACUCCUGUUGCCCAGCCUGCAGACCCCGAAACACCCACCUCGCCAAGAGCCCCCCAACUUCCAAGGCUGCCCAAGCGAAGAUGGAGGUCCUGGCGAGAGGAGAAGGACACCUGGAGCGAGGAGGAGGAUCUUUUUGACCACAUGUCUUCAGGAGGAGAGAGCACCAACACUUCUGUCACGUCUGGAGCAAAAAAGCAGAAGUGGACUGCAGAAGAAACAGAGUGGAUCCGGGAAGGCGUAAAGAAGUAUGGAGAAGGGAACUGGAAAGCCAUUUUCAAAGCAUACCGCUUUAGGAAACGGACUCCAGUGAUGAUCAAGGACCGCUGGCGGACUAUGAAGAAGCUGGGGCUCAAUUGAACUCUGGGGGAGCUGCUGAGGUUACCACGUGCGCUUUAAGGCCGUGUGGCCGGGAGGUGGCGCAGCACAGCUUCCUCUGCAAGGCCAGUGCCCUCGGGUGGAAGAUGUGGCAGCCAUUCAGCAUUGCAGGAAGACCAGGCUCAGGCCUCUGGGCGUGGAAACAGCACCCAUUAUGGCCAGGAUUGUGACCACUUCCCUUGUCCUCUGUCAACCAGUCUGUGGUGGUUCUCUGGGGCUGGCAGAAGGGCAGAUUUCUCCAGCCAUAACUUCACUUUUCAGUGAACUGCAGUGCGGGGCUCGAAGUUGCCUCUGGAGGAAAGAUGGGGUCUCCCAAAUUCUUCUUGUUAAAACCUAUUAAAUUUAACAAAGAUAGGCUGGUAGAAUCAGCAGUUGGAGAGUGUUGGAAUUUGGUUACAGUACUUUUUAGAAAAUAAAUUAGUUUUUCUAGUUUCAACUUGGAAUUCCCUGCUUUCUCUGCCUUUGUUUUGUAGAAGUGGACUGCAGAAGAAACAGAGUGGAUCCGGGAAGGCAUAAAGAAGUAUGGAGAAGGGAUGCAGUACUUUUUAGAAAAUAAAAUUAGAAUUUGGAUGCAGUACUUUUUAGAAAAUAAAUUAGUUUUUCUAGUUUUGA